CCUUUGUGCGCCUGCGCGCUCGCGCUCCCGCCCUCGCAGCGCUCGGCUGAGUCAGUCAGUCUGUCGGAGUCUGUCCUCGGAGCAGGAGGAGAGAAGGGGCUUUCGAGAGCCAGCUGCCCGAUUAUUUUCUUUCCCCUCCCUCUCUCCCGUCCCAUACCUCUCUUACCCCUCUCCUGCCUUUGCUUGCGCAGCCAUGGCGGAGCCGUCGGCGGCCACUCAGUCCCCAUCCGUCUCCUCCUCGUCCUCCGGGGCCGAACCCUCGGCGCCCGGCGGUGGGAGCCCUGGAGCCUGCCCCGCCCUGGGGGCGAAGAGCUGCGGCUCCUCGUGUGCGGUGCACGAUCUGAUUUUCUGGCGAGAUGUGAAGAAGACUGGGUUUGUCUUUGGCACCACACUGAUCAUGCUGCUCUCCCUGGCAGCUUUCAGUGUCAUCAGUGUGGUUUCUUACCUCAUCCUGGCUCUUCUCUCUGUCACCAUCAGCUUCAGAGUGUACAAGUCUGUCAUCCAAGCUGUACAGAAAUCAGAAGAGGGCCAUCCAUUCAAAGCCUACCUGGAUGUAGACAUUACUCUGUCCUCAGAAGCUUUCCAUAAUUACGUGAAUGCUGCCAUGGUGCACAUCAACAGAGCCCUGAAACUCAUUAUUCGUCUCUUUCUGGUGGAAGAUUUGGUUGACUCCUUGAAGCUGGCUGUUUUCAUGUGGCUGAUGACCUAUGUUGGUGCCGUUUUCAAUGGAAUCACCCUUCUGAUUCUCGCCGAACUGCUCAUUUUCAGUGUCCCCAUUGUCUAUGAGAAGUACAAGACCCAGAUUGAUCACUAUGUUGGCAUUGCCCGCGAUCAGACCAAGUCAAUUGUUGAAAAGAUACAAGCAAAACUCCCUGGAAUCGCAAAAAAAAAGGCAGAAUAAGUACAUGGGAACCAGAAAUGCAACAGCUACUAAAACACCACUUAAUAGUUAUAACGUUUUACUUGUACUAUGAAGGAACGUGCUCGGUGUCAGCUCGAGCUUGCAUUCCAAGCUUCUUUUUCUUAAUUUGGUGUUUUCUCCCCUCCUUUCCCUUUACCCUCAGUAUCAAGCACAAGAAUUGUUGGACUAAAAAAAAGAACUGAUUAUCUUAGAACCCAAAAGAAUAAAGAGAGAGUCAAAUUAAUAGGAUAAAUCAGUACCUUAAUGGUGGUGGAGCUUUUACUUGUAGCUUGAAAGGGGAGAGAUUGGAGGUCAAGGAGAAAAUGAAAGAUAAAGCACUGCUCUUGGACUCUGCUGUCCAGUUCUCAAGGACUAGUCUUAUGCAGCUUCCUAUCAGAGUUUUACCCUUAUUUUUAAGUUAAGAAAUAAUGAUUAACUUAUGAGGAAAUUAUCUGGGGACAAGAGUGGGAUUCCUUCCUGUGGGUUUUUUGGCAGCCUUCUGAUCCCAUCUUCCUGCCCCACAACGUGAGCAGCUAUUCCUAUGGUUUCUCUUCACGUAAUGAUAAAACUUCCAACUGUAUGAACAACCUGUAGAUGAUAGUGAGAGUUAUUGAUUCCUGGAAUGCCAUCUGGGAACCAAGGAUGGACAUGGAAGGUGGGGCUGGGAUGACCCUUCCCUCCCACUCACCCCUAGGAAAGGAAAGUCUCUGCCAUUUGGGAGGGUGGCAUCUAUGUCAUUUCUUGUGGGCACCAGUUCUGAGCUUUAGUUUGAGGACUCAUUCCUGAGUGUGCUUCUUCUUCCCUCUUCCCUGCCCACCUCACCUCGAGUUUUAAUAAAUAUGGUUGUACUUUUCUUAUUAUGAAAUAAAUGUCUGUAACUGCUGUA